CCCAACUCAGCCCACAGCGCUGCGUUUGGCCGCACGGCUGCAUCCGAGCCGCUUAAAGCUCAUUUCAACCGCAUCCGAGCCGCUUAAAGCUCAUUUCAACCAUCGCUGCUGCCGCGCAUACCAGCAAGAGCCAGCAAAAACGCCGCCGCAGCGCGUACAAGCAUCUGCUCUCCUCACGACCGCCGUCGCCGCCGCACGUUGACCGGCAGAGCUAGACGUCGUCGCCGCGCCGGCAGAACUCAGAAGCGCAGCCAAAACAUGACUGACUACGCCAAGUGGGACAAAUUUGCGGAAGACAUCAGCGACGACGACGCCCCGAAGACACAAUUAAAACUCCCGAAGGCCCGAGCGCACAGCGCAAGAGCGUUCCCCGGCCGCCUCAUCGCCUGCGUCGAGAACGUCGAGAACGCCUACCCGCAUUAUUAUGAUUGGACGAUGAUCAACGACGGCGACGACGGCGACUUUGUGGUGCUAGCACAUGAUCCGACGCAGCAGCAGUCGAUCGUCUCCCAAAAUUACAAGGAAGGCGGCACGGCGCGGUUUUUACUGAUACACCACUUCGCGGGCUACUACGCCGACCCCGACGUCAUGCCCAUCGUGCCGAUCCAGCAGUGGCUCCGGCGGUUCGACCGGGAUGAACCUUUGCAAAAGGAGCACUUGUUAGUUGUGGGGUUAUCAAGGCCGUUCCGCGGCGACGACGGGUCGCCGUUCGAGCUUUGCGGCUGGUGCUUCGCGUCGGCGACGGAGAAGCAUCCCGUGUUGCUAGAUGCUGCGGGACGACCGGGCACGCCGUCGCACGCGCUGACGUCUGCCGUGAUUUCACAUUUACAGAAGUGGAACCCGUCGGCGCUCCAGAAGCUGCCGGAUUCCGCGUCAAAGGACGGGUCUCAUAUAAGGUGCUCGCCCGGCGACGUGCUCGUGCUGCCCUACCGGGCCUUUGGGUUCUUCCCGUCCGAGGACAAACGGUUGCCGGGCGAGCCGUCGCGCCAGCGCCUCGUGCAGAAGGCGGCGCGGCCGAGCUCCUAA